AUGACUUGUUCUCUUAGGCUAGUUUUCGCCCUAUUUGUCGGUGUGGCUGUGGCCGUGAUGGCGCAGUCGUCGAUGGACAAUGACAUGAUGCGCGGCGCCUUCUAUGUGCGCGGUCAUGUAGGUGGCUCGUUUUUAGGAGUAUUGGAUAUGAAUCAAAUAUUGCAGAUGGAAGCUGAAUCGGGUCGAAGAAACUUGAAUCAGCAAAGGAAGUACAUUAGUUAUAGCGCAAUAGACAUGAACAAUGUUCCAUGCGGUCGACGUGGACAUUCUUACUACGAUUGUAAUGCUCAUCUGGCUGCACCAAAGCGACGAGGUGCGCUAGGACUUAUUAGAGAUAAAUUUGAUUAA